GAAUGUUCUUAGAGCUGUAGCUUUGCUGCCGGCCGGUUCUGAUCGACUUUUUCCUCCGAAAGCAAAAAGAACCACUUUCUCAUCUGGCCAUUGCUGGACAACUGAGGCUCGACAGCCCUAAGUGCAUUUGACGCCACCUUUCAUCGCCCCGGGAACUGCAGCAGAAGACAUUUCUAGAGUGCUUUCUCCUCGCUCCAGAGUGCUUGUAGUAUCUUGGUGGCUCCUUCUGUUACCAGUGACAGCCUCCCUGAUCCUAAGUGUUCUGGACAGGUUUUUUUGUUUGUUUGUUUGUUUUUGUUUUGUUUUUCGUCACGGCAUUCAUACCACCUAUAACAUCCCGAUUUUCCGUGACUUGUGUGCUCCGGUCUCUGCAAAUCUGCAGAGGCACUGGAGAUGCUUUCUAGCACCCAGGCGGCAACAGGUGAAUGUGACGACGCGGAGCUGCGGUGCCGGGUGGCCGUGGAGGAGCUGAGUCCUGGCGGGCAGCCUCGCAAGCGCCAGGCCCUGCGCACUGCGGAGCUGAGCCUAGGUCGAAACGAACGCCGAGAGUUAAUGCUGCGGCUGCAGGCCCCGGGACCUGUGGGGAAACCACGUUGCUUUCCGCUGCGCGCCGUGCGCCUCUUCACCCGCUUCGCUGCGGCCGGGCGCAGCACGCUGAGGCUCCCCGUUGAUGGCGUCCCCCGGGCUGGUUCAGUGCAGCUGCUGCUCUCCGACUGUCCCCCGGAGCGCCUGCGCCGCUUCCUGCGCACGCUGCGUCUGAAGCUGGCGGCGGCCCCAGGGCCAGGACCCGCCUCUGCUCGCGCACAACUGCUCGACCCGCGACCCCGAGACUUUGUCACCAUCAGUCCAGUGCAACCGGAGGAACUGCGUCGUGCCGUGGCCACCCGGGCUCCAGAUUCCGCCCUGGAGAAGCGGCCAACGGAAUCAAAGCCUAGUACGGAAGCUCCAAGGUGGCCCCUGCCUGUGAAGAAGCUGAGCAUGCAUUCCAGCAAACCGAAGCUUUCUGAGGAGCAGGCUGCUGUGCUGAGGCUGGUCCUGAAGGGCCAGAGCAUCUUCUUUACUGGGAGUGCAGGAACAGGAAAGUCCUAUUUGCUGAAGCAAAUUCUAGGCUCCCUGCCCCCGACUGGCACCGUGGCCACUGCCAGCACCGGGGUGGCAGCGUGCCACAUCGGAGGCACCACCCUUCACGCCUUUGCAGGCAUUGGCUCAGGCCAGGCUCCCCUGGCCCAGUGUGUGGCCCUGGCCCAUCGACCAGGUGUGCGGCAGGGCUGGCUGAACUGUCAACGUUUGGUCAUUGAUGAGAUCUCCAUGGUAGAGGCAGACUUGUUUGACAAGUUGGAAGCUGUGGCCAGAGCUGUCCGGCAACAGAAGAAGCCAUUUGGAGGGAUCCAGCUCAUCAUCUGUGGGGACUUCCUACAGUUGCCACCAGUGACCAAAGGCUCCCAGCGCCCUCAAUUCUGCUUCCAGGCCAAGAGUUGGAGGAAGUGUGUGCCUGUGACUCUGGAGCUGACUGAGGUGUGGAGACAGGCAGAUCAGACCUUCAUCUCUCUGCUGCAAGCUGUGAGGUUGGGAAGAUGUUCAGAUGAAGUCACCCGCCAGCUCAGGGCCACUGCUGCCCAUAAAGUGGGAAGAGAUGGAAUUAUAGCCACGAGACUCUGCACCCAUCAGGAUGAUGUGGCCCUUACCAAUGAGAAGCGGCUGAAGGAGCUGCCGGGUGAGGUGCACAGCUUUGAGGCUAUAGACAGUGACCCUGAGCUAGCCCGGACCCUGGAUGCCCAGUGUCCUGUUAGCCGUGUCCUUCAGUUAAAGCUUGGGGCUCAGGUCAUGCUGGUGAAGAACUUGUCAGUGUCUCGGGGCCUGGUAAAUGGAGCCCGGGGAGUGGUAGUUGGAUUUGAGUCAGAAGGGAGAGGGCUUCCCCAAGUACGGUUCCUGUGUGGUGUCACUGAAGUCAUCCGAACUGACCGCUGGACGGUACAGGUCACUGGGGGCCAGUUCCUCAGCCGGCAGCAACUUCCCCUACAGUUGGCCUGGGCAAUGUCCAUCCACAAAAGCCAGGGCAUGUCUCUGGACUGUGUGGAGAUCUCUCUGGGCCGCGUGUUUGCCAGUGGUCAAGCCUAUGUGGCCCUCUCGAGGGCCCGCAGCCUCCAGGGCCUACGUGUGCUAGACUUUGACCCCACGGUGGUUCGCUGUGAUCCCCAAGUGUUGCACUUCUAUGCCACCCUGCGGCAGGGCAGGGGCCUCAGUCUGGAGUCCCAAGAUGAUGAGGAGGCAAAUUCAGAUCUGGAGAACAUGGACCCAAACCUCUGACUCAGCUGACAGAGAAGACAAACGUGGACUACCCAACGUCCGGCUUCUUUAUGGGUCAAGGCCCUAGGGGAUAACUGGGAGAGGGGCCUGUGUUUCUUCCCUCGCUCAGCCUUCUGGUGGGGGUAAGGACAUGGUUUCCUGUCUAUUUACCAACUUUUUCUCAGUGUCACCCCUUUCCCUGGAGAAACUACUUCCAGGGUCAGAGGUUGGAGAUGGACAAAGCUCUGUGCAAGGGCUGGACACUGGCACAGAGCCCUGAGCUGUAGCCUGGAGAGGCAGUGCAGACCCCACAGGCAGGGCCUGUUUUUACAUGUAUUUAUUCUGUGUACAUGUGAAGAUCAGAGAACAGCCAGAGCGAGGUGGUUCUCUCUUCCCCCAGGUGGGUCCUGGGGGUUACAUUCAGGUCAUGGGGCUUGGUGGCAGGCCUCAUAAGCAAUCUUGCCAGCCCUGGGGAAUGUUUUAAUAUUCUUUGUGUUAUUAUAACAAAAUACACAAGGAUGAGUACUUUAUGAAGAAAAUGAUUUAUUUAACCUGCAAUUCUAGAAGAUUAAGAACAUGGAACCAGACUGUGCUCAGCUAUGCCAGGGCUUCAUGGCAGCUGGCACUACCCAACAGGGACACAUGCAGGGGUGCUCAUAUAAUGAGACGAGCCGCAGGAUACAGUAAUUCUGUGGAACAGCAUUAACCCAUUCCUGAGGGCAGGACCCCUUGCUUUAGUUACCUUCCAUGUGGCCCAUCUCUUAAGAGUUACGUCAUCUUAACCCUGCUGCACUAGGGACCACGCUUCCAGCACAUAAACCCAUAAGGAAAACCAUCCAAACCGUAGCAGGAGCCUACAGGGGAUACAGGCCAGACACAAACUCAAGAUAGAAGUUUAAUUACCUUCACAGCUGAUCUCAGCCUAACACAGCCCCAAGUAAACACCUUUCUGAGCCUGUCCUGAGAGCGGGCGCUGCAAAAUGUGCUCAUUUUAGGAGAGCUAAUGUGUAAGGCACUGGAAUGGAUGUUCUCAGGUUGUAUUUAUUUAGGUCAAAUAAACUUGUGAAUCGUGUAA